AUGGCGCCCGCCGCGUUCGACGCCGAGGCCGGCGCCACCAACGGCAACGGCGUCAGCCACGGCGCCAAGCCGGGGCUCCCGGCCGGGGCAGAUGCCUUCGACGCCGGCGCCGCCUUCGUGCUCGAGUCCAAGGGGACGUGGUGGCACGCGGGGUUCCACCUGACGACGGCGAUCGUGGGGCCGACGGUGCUGACGCUCCCCUACGCGCUGCGCGGGAUGGGGUGGGCGCUGGGCCUGACGCUGCUCUCCGCCAUGGCCGCCGUCACCUUGUACGAGUACUCCCUCAUGUCCCGCGUCCUCGACCACUGCGAGGCGCGCGGGCGGCGCCACAUCCGCUUCCGCGAGCUCGCCGCCGACGUCCUCGGAUCCGGGUGGAUGUUUUACUUCGUGGUCACCGUGCAGACCACCAUCAACACCGGCGUCAGCAUCGGCGCCAUCCUGCUCGCCGCCGACUGCCUCGAGAUUAUGUACACGAGCCUUGCUCCACAUGGUCCCCUGAAACUGUACCACUUCAUCAUCAUGGUGGCCGUGGUGCUGGCCUUCCUCUCCCAGCUACCGUCUUUCCACUCACUGCGGCACAUCAACUUCGUCUCACUGCUCCUGAGCCUGGGCUACACCAUCCUUGUGGCAGCUGCUUGCAUUCGUGCAGGCUUGUCCAAAAAUGCUCCUGCGAAGGACUACUCGCUAAGCUCGUCCAAGUCCGAGCAGACCUUCGACGCUUUUCUAUCCAUUUCCAUCCUCGCAUCCGUCUUCGGCAACGGCAUACUGCCUGAAAUCCAGGCAACGUUGGCGCCACCGGCAGCGGGGAAGAUGAUGAAGGCGCUGGUACUGUGCUACUCCGUCGUCGUCUUCACCUUCUUCCUCUCGUCGAUCACCGGGUACUGGGCCUUCGGCAGCCACGUGCAGUCCAACGUCCUCAAGAGCCUCAUGCCGGACUCUGGCCCCGCGCUCGCCCCGACGUGGCUGCUGGGCGUCUCGGUCCUCUUCGUCCUCCUCCAGCUCCUCGCCAUCGGCCUCGUCUACUCCCAGGUGGCGUACGAGAUCAUGGAGAAGAGCUCAGCCGACGCGGCCCAGGACCGCUUCUCGCGCCGGAACCUCGUCCCGCGCCUGCUGCUGCGGACGCUGUACCUGGCCUUCUGCGCGCUCAUGGCCGCCAUGCUCCCGUUCUUCGGCGACAUCGUGGGCGUGGUAGGCGCCAUUGGGUUCAUCCCUCUCGAUUUCGUGCUCCCCGUGCUCAUGUACAACAUGGCGCUCGCGCCGCCGCGCCAGUCCCCGGUCUUCCUCGCCAACAUGGCCGUCAUGGUCGUUUUCGCCGGCGUAGGGGCCAUGGGCGCCUUCGCCACCAUCCGCAAGCUCGCGCUGGACGCCGACAAGUUUAAGCUCUUCAGCAACAAUGUUGUUGACUGA